AACGCCCCUCCCUCUUGUUCUUCGCACCCCUCCCCUGCUGCUGCUUCUGCUGCAGCUUCGAGCACUAUUUGUGUCUCUCCGGUUGCGCAUUGCCUCAGUCGCCAAUAGUCAACCUCCGGAACGCCUUCUCUCCUCCUUCCUGUCUCUCCCCUCUCGGGCUCUGCAGAACUCGGGGCGGAGGGAGGAAGAAGUGGGCUGAAGAAGAUCACAGCCAUUGCCACUCUUUCUCGAGCUAGGACUCACGGAGGCGAUCGGAGAAAGACGUCGCUGUCUUUCUUUCUCUCACUCACUCACUCUCGUACUCGCACUAACACUCGCAUUCGCACUGCUUGUAUUUCCUCAGUGAUAGUAGUUUGUCCUGGUAGGAAGAGCAAAAAAGAAUCCGAGUACUAGUAUACGGCUUGCCUGCUUGCUCUUGCUUGUGCGUGCCUUUGAGAGUUAUCGAUACAUUUCAGACUUGAACAUCGUUUUUUAGUAUAGCGUGACCGUCUGUCCUGUGCCUGUCGGAGUCUGGUGCGAAGAUCUGUGUGCGGGAAGGGAACGAGACAUGGCGCCCACGAUGGCUCCUCCUGCAGCGUCUCCCGUGGUCGUGAGCAGCGUGCCAUCCGACGGACAGACCCGGGAGUACAUUUACCGAUCGAAACUCCCAGACAUUGAGAUCGAUAACAACCAGAACUUGGCUCGCUACUCUCUCGAGAAAGUUGGUGAUCACCUCGACCGUCCUGCUCUGAUAGACGGCACUACUGGUUUAGAGUACACAUACAGAGAAACGGAGCUCCUGACAAGGAAGAUAGCGGCAGGAUUAAAUAAUCUGGGCAUUCAAAAAGGCGAUGUGCUUGCUCUUCUGCUCCCCAAUUGCUGCGAAUUCGUGCUCGUGUUCCUGGGGUCGGCUAUCCGGGGCUCUAUCGUCACUACUGCCAACCCGUUCUACACUCCUGGCGAGAUUGCCAAGCAGUUGAACGCCUGCCGAACGAAGCUCAUAGUCACUCAGGCGUCCUACGUAGACAAGGUGCGGGAUUUGGGCUGCACAAUUGUGACAAUUGAUUCUCCCCCGGAAGGGUGCCUUCCCAUGAGCGUUCUGAUGGAAGCGGACGAGAACGACUGCCCGCAAGUGGAAGUGGACCCCGACGAUGUAGUGUGCCUCCCGUAUUCCUCGGGAACUACAGGUCUGCCCAAGGGUGUGAUGCUCACGCACAAGAGCUUAAUCUCGUCGGUCGCGCAGCAAGUGGAUGGCGAGAACCCCAACCUGAACAUUGUGGCAGACGACGUGAUGGUGUGCUUGCUGCCCAUGUUCCACAUCUACAGCCUCAACUCGGUCCUGCUCUGCUCCCUGAGGGUGUGCUGCACUCUCGUCAUCAUGCACAAAUACGAGAUUUCGCAGCUGCUGGAGCUUAUCCAGAAGUACCGCGUCACCGUGCUUCCCGUCGUUCCGCCCAUCGUGCUGGGCAUUGCGAAGAGCCCGAUCGUCGGGAACUACGACGUCAGCUCCGUCAAGGUGGUGCUCUCUGGAGCUGCUCCCCUCGGCAAGGAUCUCGAAGACGCCUUCAUCGCCAAGCUUCCUGGUGCCGUCAUUGGACAGGGGUACGGGAUGACCGAGGCAGGUCCAGUGCUGUCUAUGUGUUUGGCUUUUGCCAAGGACCCUUACCCUGUAAAGCCAGGUUCCUGCGGGACUGUUGUCAGAAAUGCCGAGGUCAAGAUUGUGGAUCCGGAGACAGGCGAUUCACUUCCUCACGGACAAGCUGGUGAAAUCUGCAUCCGAGGACCUCAAAUCAUGAAAGGCUAUCUCGACAAUCCCGAGGCUACUGCCAAUACCGUUGACAAGGAGGGAUGGCUUCAUACUGGCGACAUUGCUCUGAUUGACAGUGACGAAGAAGUUUUCAUCGUCGAUCGUGUGAAGGAAAUUAUCAAAUUCAAGGGCUUCCAGGUCCCACCGGCUGAGUUGGAAGGAAUUCUUGUGUCUCAUCCGCUGAUCACUGACGCUGCCGUUGUACCCAAGAAAGAUGAGGGAGCUGGAGAAGUACCCGUAGCCUUCGUUGUGAAAGCUAAGGACGCUGUUCUUACGGAAGAUGAUGUCAAAACCUUCGUAGCAAAGCAGGUCGUUUUCUACAAGAAAUUGCACUCGGUAAUUUUUGUAGAUUCGAUUCCGAAGAGUCCGUCCGGUAAAAUUUUACGAAAAGACUUGAGAUGCCUCGUUUAAAGCAUAUACGAAAACUUACAGACCUAGUUAGUUAGUCCAUUUAUAGCAGGGCUGGCCGACUACAAACAUGCCAGCCAUCCUGACUGACAGUCAAUCACAACACCUCCUCGGAGAGCCAGGAGAGCCACGGAGGAGGUGAGAGAAAAGACCAGCUGCGGAUUGUUAGUUACUACGAGAUGAAGCAAGCCAACGAUAGUGUCACUCACGGAGAGCAACAGCACCACUGAAGACCAUUAAAUGCUCUGUUAAGAACACUGAGCAUGUGUAUGAGUAUUGCUGGAUUUUGUAAAUUCGCUGGGCAUGCAAUAGUGCUCCAAACUUGUACCUCCAAUUAAUUACAUAGGAACAGAUAUAAGACAGUGCACAUUGGCACUGCAGAAUAAAACACUACCACCUUUAAGCAUUGACA